CAGCACCAGUACCACGAGCUAACGUUAGCCCUGGACUCCAGCUAGGUAACCAACAAACAACUCAGUAGCAAAGCAGAGGAAUUGGUCGAAAACUUUGCCUUUAAAAUCCAUUCCUGGCCCCUGCUCACCCCUUGUUCUGGGAGAACAUUUCUUUCCCUCUCUUUCAGCACUUGUUUGGCUUUUCUCCCAAAGGUUCACAUUCAGACUGCAGGGAUCCUAGCAUCUGAGAAGUCUGAUCUCUGUUCGGCACUGGUCCAUGCUCAACAGGCAAUCAGGCAGAAAGAAGGGGAGUCCGAGGAUCUUGCCAGCUGCCUGCGCUCUUCCCGGCAGCGUGUAGGAGAUUUGGAGCAGACUCUGUCUGCCGUCUCCAUGAAACAGAAGCAGGUGGACAAGGAUAACAAGAAGUUAACCAAAGAGCGAGAGGCUCUCAAGAUGGAUUUAUACAAGAACAACAAAAACAAUGACCUAAAGCAGACGAACUCAGAGCUGGAAGAGAAGCUUCACUUCUUAGUGUCUGAGGAGGCCCUGAAGUGUCAGUUCGAUGAAAUGCAGAAGAAGCUGGACUUUUCUGAGCUCCUGCUGCUGCAGCAGAUCUUGGAGGAUCGGGAGAAGCUGGAGAAACUCGCGUGGCAGAGCCCGUUCUUGCAGCUUACAGAGAAGAUGAAACGACUACAGAUCGACAGAGACCAUUAUUUAGGGAUUCUGAAAGGGGAUACUGCCAUGUGGCAGAAGAAAAAUGCAGGAAAUGGUGGAAAAGGCAGAGGUGGGCAUGUGUUUAGGGUUUGUGGAGGUGGGGACAGAGAGGGAGAUGGUGGCCUGUCCAUCUACCAGCAUCUCUCCCUGUGGCUCUUUCCGCCUGUCUCUGGGCAGAUUCGAAUGUUGAAGGAGGAAAAGGAGCACAGUGUGACUCAGGUGAGGGAGCUAGAGAGCAGUUUGGGUGAACUUAAGCACCAGAUAGGUAAGCGGGGACUGGGGCACCUGGGAGGAGGAUUGUGUCGCAGGCCUCCCCCAGUGCCCCCGGCAGGGCCCUCGGAAAGUGAGCAGCAGGUACAGGCAGAAGCUGAGCAGCUGCAAAAGCAGCUGGAAAGCCUGGAAGGACAGCUGCAUGCCCAGUUACAAGCAAAUGAGAGUCUGAGUCAGCAGAACCUGGAGCAGUGGCAGCGGCUGCGGGUGCUGGAGCAGCAGGCCGAAAUUCGUGCAGUCUCCCAGAAGCUUGAGCUCAAGAAGCAGCUGGCCAAGCUGCAAGACGGCUUUAUCAAGCUGUCCAAUGACAAAAUGGACAUCAUUAGUGCACUAGAGUCAGAGCAGCACGUGAAGAUGGAGCUGGCUAAGAAGCUGGGACAGCUACAGGAGAAGCUGGGAGAGCUGAAGGAUACGGCGGCAGAGUCCCACCCUGCCCGUCCCCACUACCCCGUUGAUGGGCUCAGAGCCUGGAAGCAGGCCACCACCUGCCCCCACAUCCAGGGUCUUCCCUCAGCAGUACGCAGUGGCCUACCAGCAGCUGAUUCCCAAUGGGAGACCCUGCACAGGGAGUUCCUGCAGCAGACCCAGGCCGUGGAUCAGCUGCAGCAGGAGAAAGUUCAGGGCGCAGUGGUGGCCGAGAGGGCCCGCCAGGAGUUGCAGGAGACCCAGGAGCGCCUGGAAGCCGCCAGCCAACAGAACCAGCAGCUGCAGGCCCAGCUGAGCCUAAUGGCUGACCCUGGGAAGGGAGAUGGAUUGGACAAGGAGGGAGCAGAGGAGGAGGAGGGAAUAGAUGAGAAGGCUGCUAGGCCCAAGCCAAGCAUCCUGCAGGACCUAGAGAGCUGCGCAUCCCCUGAGGCCCCGAGUUGGGAGGGUUCCCCUCUGCUUCCUUUUGUCUGUAAGUCCUUUGUGUCCCCCCACGAGCCCACUCACUUUUGCCUGCAGGUGACAGUUUUCAGCUCAGCUCUGGCCAGUGCUGAGGAGGAGCAGGCCCAGCUGGGUAGGCAGCUGAGGGUACAGAAGGUACGCUGCUUGGCUCUCCAGGCAGCCCCGGACCCUGGAAUUGCGGGCGAUGUCGUGUCUGGGGAAACCUACCAGGCCUUACAGGUGAACAUGGAGAAGCUGCAGAAGCGGUUUGUAGCACUCAUGCAGGAGAAGGUGGAUCUGACGGAACAAGUGGAUGAGCUAGAACAGCGCUGUGACCAGCUGGCCGGAGAGACGGACACCAUUGGUGAGCCAGGAGGCCAGGGCAUGGCCAGGCGAGCUCUCUGUAGGAUCAGGGGAGCCCCGGAGUCUGAACCCUGUCCUUCUGCAGGGGAGUACGUCACACUGUACCAACAUCAGAGAGUGGCACUAAAGCAGCAACAGCAUCAGAACGAGGAAUACGUUGGGCAGAUGGCGAGGGAAAAGGAAGAAACGAAGGCGAAGAUGCUGGAGCUGCAGGGGCUGGUGAUGCAGCUGCUGAAGGAGCACAACAAGGACCACGGCAAAGACCUCCCGGACACCCACAGUGCUGGGGAGGAGCCCACUCCAGGGCCCUCAGCCCUACAGGAGCUUGGAGCUCACAAGCAGGGGGGUUCUUAAGAGGUGAGUCUCGCCAACAAGGAGCCCACACAAGAAGUGGCCAGGAGGGGGUCUGGUCCUGAGAACCACACUGCUCAGCAGAUCAUGGAGCUACUUCAUGAAAUGCAGCGCCCCGACGACGAGACGGG